GAAUUGUCUUUAUUAAGCUAUGAUCCAACUUCAAAUUUAUUAAUGGGUGAUACAUUCGAUUUGUUGUUUAAAGUUUAACUCUGUCUUCCUAAAUUAAUAAUAUCCUCUAGUAUAUUUAAAUAAGCAAUUAUUUUAAUCUUCAUUUUCAUCCCCCAUCACCAAUAUCUUUCUAUCUUAAAUGUCAGUGACAGUACCAUGGCUACAGAUAUUGCCCUUCUUUCCAUGACUACUACUCAGAUCCAAAAUUCAUCACAAUCACAAUCAAACCCUAACACCACCAGCACCACCACACCAUCACCAUCAACUUGGAUGUGGAACCCUAAACAACAACAACAUCAAGAACAAGAAGAUGAAGAUUCAUGGGAGGUAAGAGCUUUUGCAGAAGACACAAGGAACAUGAUGAACACAACGUGGCCACCAAGAUCCUACACCUGCACUUUUUGUAGAAGAGAGUUUCGGUCAGCUCAAGCUCUUGGCGGUCAUAUGAACGUCCACCGCCGCGACCGGGCUCGUCUCCAUCAAAAUCAACCACCGUUAAAUUCCUCCUCUCAUCAUCCUUCUUCUCCGUUCAUACAUAUCCCUCCUCAAGAGCUUGUUAAUGCUGGAUUGUGCCUUUUUUACCAUUCACCAAACCCUAAUAUUUCUUCCUUCAAUGAUUCUAAUGGAGAAUCUCCUUCAACUUUUCUCUCUAUCUCAUCAUCAUCUUAUCCAACAAACAACUUCAUGAUGCACAUGCAACCUUGUUCUCCUCCAUCUUUUCAUUUUCAGGCUAAUUCAGCUAGAAAUUUGAUUAACAAUAGCAUCUCUUCUUUUUCUAACAAACCUACUAUCUGCACCUCCAUUGAUAAUAAGGUUCAUGAAAUUGAAGAACUCGAUCUUGAGCUACGUUUGGGGAACAAGCCAUCACCGGCAUGAAAAAUCUAUAGCUACAUCAUAGAUAUAUAGGUGGAUGAAUUUUUAUUUAUAUUUGAAGUUAUUAAUUCAUUUUAGCGUGUAUGAAAAAUAUUCAAUUAUAAAUUCCUACAAGUACUCUUAUAUAUUAA